AUGGCUGAUCCUGAAUCUUUUAAAGUUAUCAUAGCUGGUGGAGGCAUUGCCGGCUUGACCUUGGCUCAUGCUUUGGAGAAGGCCGGCGUUGACUUUCUUCUGCUCGAAAAAAGAGAAAUUGCUCCUCAAACCGGGGCCUCUAUCAUUAUACAAUGCCACACUGCGAGGAUAUUGGAGCAGCUGGGUAUUUGGAAAGAAAUAUGCGCGGCAACGUUUUCGCUCACGGGUCGCCUUCAUUUCGAUGAACGUGGAAAUCUAUUUCACAGUUCACCUAUUUUCGAGCAUGUCGAGAAAGCAACUGGGCGGCCGAUCGUGCUUAUAGAACGCCGCUUCUGUCUUGAUACUCUAUAUAACGGUCUUAAGGACAAGUCGCGAAUUCUCACGAACACCGGCGUAGCGUCAUUUUGGGAAGACGAGCACGGCUUAACAGUCUUAACCGACCGCGGGGAUAGCAUCAGGGGUAGUAUUCUCGUAGCAGCCGAUGGUGUUCAUAGCACAAUCCGCGGUCUCUUAGCUAGCGCAGUAUCCAAUACCGACCCUGAGAGAUGCCAAUAUCUUACCAAAGGGUUCACUUCUGGCUAUAGGGCAGUUUUUGGUACGUCGGCAAACGGGACAAGAGAUGGUUUGACGAGGCCACUACUACCGGAAGGAAUAGUUCACCAUGCUUAUUACAGGAAUAUUUCAGGAAUCACAGCAGCAGGGGCAAAGGGGCUACUUUUUUGGUUCCUGUUCAUAAAGGAAGAAAAAUCCUCGACAACGUCCGACUGCCCGCGGUACACAGAGACCGACGCUAUAGCAACUAUUGAGAAGUAUGGAAACCUAUCUGCCUGUCCAGGGUACACAUUCCGCGACCUAUGGGAAGCUAGAUCUCACGGAGGAAUGGUUUCCAUGGAAGAAGGGGUUAUUCAGGGGCCUUGGAACAAUGGCGGUCGUGUUGUACUUGUUGGAGACUCCAUAUGCAAGACGACCAUCAAUUCCGGUUUUGGAGGCAACCUGGCUAUUGAAGGGGUCUGCAAUCUCGUUAACGGGCUAGUGUCAUUGCUGCAAAGAAAUCAAACGCCCUCAACCAAAGAUAUCGUAGCUACCUUUGAUAGAUACGAGCAAGUACAACGUCCUCGGGCCGAUGUUUCUGUAAAGAUAUCACACUCCACCACGCGAUACGAGUCAAUGGACUCACUUUGGUUACGAUUCUUGCGGUGGCUUUCACCUUGGAUCCCUCUAAGCUACCAGGUUAAGAGCUUUCUAAGUUAUAUGGAUCCAGCGCCUAUUUUACAAUUUCUACCAGAUUCCGAACCGGGCAGACCUUGA